UCCUGAAAUAUUAGUCACCUUUAUUGAAGUUCAGCCUUGUUUUUGGUGUAAAUAUAUUAAUAUGGCUUCGUCCAGUGGAAACUCCAAUUCCACAAGCUCUUCCCAGCUUCAGAACUCUGGCUCCGAAGAGGAGUUGCACCAGAUGAACAUGAUGGAUCAAAGAAAGAGAAAGAGAAAGGAGUCAAACAGGGAAUCAGCCAGAAGAUCUCGGAUGAGAAAACAGCAGCACUUGGAUGAUUUAACGGCCCAAGUGACUCAGCUAAGCAAAGACAAUAACCAAAUUCUCACAAGCAUCAACUUCACCACGCACCACUACUUGACCAUUGAGGCCGAGAACUCGGUUCUGAGGGCUCAGAUGAUGGAACUGAGUCAAAGACUGGACUCUCUGAACCAAAUCCUGAGUUAUAUCAACUCCCCCACCGCCACAAGCAGCAACGAGUUGGUGUAUGAAACUGAUCAGUGCUUUGAAGCAAGUGGUGACCACAGUUUCAACAAUGCUUUCAAUCUGCCUUAUCUUAACCAAGCCAUCAUGGCCUCUCCAGGCAUCUUUGGAUAUUACUGAUCCAUAAUCAUCACCAUCAUCUAUCAUUAAUUACUUAUAAAUGGAUGAAAAA